AUGACAGUUCAGCAGACGUCUGCCCAGCCCUCCCGGCCUCCGUCGAUGCUUGAGCGCAUCGACUUCUCCCGACUCCAUGUGGAUAUCGAUGCCUAUAUAAAUCCUUUUCUUCCGCCCCCGCCUUGGCGAUACCUACCUCGGCCGGUCUCGCGCUUCUUUGGGUACCGAGAACCCCCGUCUCCAAAGCCUCUCGGCAAUGUCGUUGUGGCCUUCUGGACCCUGAUAGGGGUGUUCUGCGGUGUGCUCAUCGUAUCGGAGGCAUCGAUGCACGUGCCCCUUUUUGAGCACCAUAAUGCCCCGAUCAUCGUGGCGAGUUUCGGUGCUGCUGCAGUGCUGGAGUUCUCAGCAAUCGAAUCACCCUUUGCCCAGCCACGGAAUGCGGUCAUCAGUCAGGUCAUUGCGAGUACGGUGGGGAUUGGAAUCUCCAAGCUUUUCGCCCUGAACGCUCAUGCCGAAUCGUUGCCCCAAAUCGGCGGCGCUCUGGCCUGUGCCAUCACCACGUGCAUCAUGGUCCUCACGAAUACCGUGCAUCCGCCCGCAGGAGCAACCGCGCUGCUUUCAGUGACGCAGUCGGCCGAUGUGGGCUGGGCCUUGAUUCUCGUCAUGCUCCUCGGAAGCGUGCUGAUGCAGGCCGUGGCCUUGUUGAUCAACAACAUCCAGCGUCGGUUUCCGGUCUACUGGUGGACUCCCGUCUCUCUGGCGCGGCCGAAACCCAGUGACACCGAAAGCGGGGAUGGAAUCAACCGAGCCAGUUUUGAUACGGACAGCACACAAGAAGUGUUCCCGGGUGAACCGAGGCAGGUCCUCAUUGCACCGGGCAAGAUCCUAUUGCCGAAUCAAUUCUCAAUUUCGGAGGCGGAGAUGAAGGUCUUGCGGAGUAUUAGUGAACGACUACCAUGA